CAAGUACAUACUCCUUAUUUCGGUUUAUUUUUAAUUAUAGAAAAAAUCAAUGCUUGAACUCUUAAAGCACUAGCUCACUCACAAACAUUAUCUAGCCAAGACAGUUUUCAUCAGUACAAGAUAUGCUGUAAACUUUAAGUUGAAGAGUGAAUGGACUUUUGUGUUUAUACACACCUUUUUACAUCUCCAUCCAGAAAUAUUUGUGUGAAGUACAAAAUUAUUUAUACACACGCUUUUUGUACACAUCAUUUUAUAUAAAUGAUUUUUUGUUUAUGAAUAGUCAAUUCAUAAACAAAAUUUGUACUCCCUAUGUAAAUAAAAAGGGUUUAUAAAGAAGUUUUUUUUUUUUUUGUAAAAUAAAGGGGUACAUGGCUUAUGGCUACAUGCCACACGAAAGAACGAGUGAACGACUCAUGGACUCAAGUUAACUUCUUUGUCCGUGACUGUCUGGAUGAGUAUUUUGACCAUCAGCAUUCAUUUACUGAGAAUGAGCAAUGUCGGCCCUUCAGAAGUUCAGAUCUCCCUUGGGAAUUACAAUACAAAGUAGAUGACCCAAAAAUCAGACGUUUCUUUCCACUUAUCAGCAUAGAUUCCCGGAACAGUGGAAUCAUUCGAUCAUCUUCAUAGUAUUAUGUCACCAUUCUAAUUUCUGUGUAUAAAUGGUUGGGGUUUUGGCUCUGAACUGAGGAAAACACCGAAUAAAGUAAAAAAGACCCAGUAGCUAUGAUUUCUGUACUGGUUUCUAAUGGACACCCUCUAUUCUCAAGAAACUCAAAAGUCCUAAAUAAAGAAAAGUUUCCUUCUUUGGUUAAUCUCAGUUCCAUUUCUUGCUCUCAGAAACACAAACAGUUCUUCAGGAACCCAACUCUCAAGUGCUGUAAGUCCGAAAUUGCAAGCACAAAAGAAGAGAGGAAUGGUGGCAGGGUAGAGAUGAUGGUCUUGUGUGGAUUCGGGUACUGGAUUCAAGGGUUCAGGUUAUUCCCAUGGUUGGCUUUGAACUUCCACAUGGCUCAUGGAAUGAAGAUGAACCCUUCAACAUUGCAGUUUGUGCAGAACUCUGGUAACCUCCCUUUUGUUGCCAAGCCUCUCUAUGGGAUCUUGUCUGAUGCUCUUUAUAUUGGUGGUGCUCACAGGUUGCCUUACAUUUCAAUCGGAGAUAUUUGACCGGUCAUUGGAUGAUAUACAUCUCAGAUUUUGUCAAUUUAUUACCACAGCUUUCCUCCAGGCAUUGGCUUGGGGUCAACUGGCACUGGUUUCAGCUGCAAGUGAAGGAUUUGUUGGUCUUAUAGCGUGUGUUCUCCUAAGCAACCUAGGAGCUUCCAUUACAGAAGUUGCCAAGGAUGCCCUAGUGGCAGAAUAUGGUCAGCAAAACAGAAUUCCUGGUCUUCAGUCUUAUGCAUUUAUGGCAUCUGCUGCCGGUGGGAUUCUUGCAAACUCACUAGGAGGAUAUAUCUUACUGAAAACAAAGCAACCUAAACUCAUGUUUCUUUUCUUUUCUGCUUUACUUGCCGUCCAAUUGGUUUUGUCUUUGGCGGUAAGGGAGAAAACUCUUGGUUUGCCUCAACCAUUAAAAUAUGUGCCUGGUUUGACAAUAAGAGAACAAUCAAUCGCCAGAAGUAUCAAAAAACAAUAUCUUGACCUCAUGGUUUGCAUUAGAGAAGAAAGGAUAUAUCACCCCCUGAUGUGGUUUGUGGCAUCAACUUUGAUUGUCCCGGUUCUAUCAGGCUCUGUCUUCUGCUACCAAACCCAGUGUCUUAAUCUUAAUCCUUCAACGAUUGGGAUGUCAAAAGUUACUGGCCAGUUGGUGCUUCUUUCUAUUACUGUCCUCUAUGAUAGAGUAUGGAAAGAUACUCCAAUAAAAAAAUUAAGCAGCAUUAUUCAAAUCCUAUAUGCUGUUUCACUUCUUCUUGAUUUCAUGCUCGUGAAACAAAUUAAUCUCAAAAUGGGUAUUUCCAGUGAAGCUUUUGUGCUCUGCUUUUCGGGAAUUGCAGAGGUCAUAGCCACAUUCAAGCUUUUGCCAUUUUCUAUUCUUUUUGCAAGAUUAGCACCAUUGGGUUGUGAAGGGUCACUAUUGUCUUUCUUAGCAUCAGCUUUCUAUUUCUCAUCAAUAGUUAGUGGGUAUUUGGGUGUUGGAUUGGCGUCUUUUCUUGGGAUAACAUCUGGCGAUUACUCAAGCCUUCCUGUUGGGAUAAUAAUCCAGUUUAUGGCAGCAUUAGUGCCCCUUGGUCUGCUUAACUUUUUGCCAAAUUCUCAGUCUUCAACCGAAAAGGAAAGAUAGAGGUAGGGAUACAAGGACAAGAAGAAAUGGGAGAGGUUAAAGAGACGAUAUGCCAAUCUGGUUUGCAGAGAUAAGUUCUAUUAUUAAUACAGUCUAGUUUAUUCAUUGUCCGUUCUUUUUUAGAUGAGAAGAUACACUCUAAAGUCCAUACCUUUUUUUCAAGAUAGAAAGAAUAGAAAAUUCCUUAAAUAGGACUAAAACAUACACAAAGUGCACAAAAAGAAUCACCGUUAUCUUCUUCCUAAAAUAGGAUUCACUCACUCCUAAUUGGGGAAGUUUUAUACUUGUAAUAAGAUCAAAGAAGCCCCUUUUUGGGAAUAAAACAUAAUUAGCCCUUUUUAUGCACUUUAUCUAAGUUUUAGUCCUAUUUACAGCCUUUUGUUUAGAAUGAAAUAUUGAAGGUGCUGUUUUUUUGCAACCAUACAUGUUUUGUACUUUUGUCGUGUAAAAAUUCCUCCAAAUUAUAGCUUGAUAAGAACCUUCUUUGAUUUAUAAAAUAAUGAUCAUCAAAAUAUGACAGUUAUAAUUUUUCAUUUCCUUUCAAGAUCAGUUGAAAGAAACUGUUUUACUCUUAUUCAGUUUUUUGUGUGGAAAACAGCAAGUUUGUUAAUGUUCAAAAGCAGGUACAAGAUGUAUGGGGCAUAAACUAAGGCAUAUAGCCAACCCCUUUAAAGAGGCAUACCCCAAAGUAUGCAAAGAUUUUAAUUUUUAACCAUCGGGUAGAGGGGGGGCACCUAAUACCAAAAAAAAAAAUUAGGGCUUUGAAUAUUAUCCAUCACAGGAUGUCCUCAUGUCAGAGGCUUCAACCAUAGAGAAUGAAGUGAAGAUUUAAAUUAAGUGAUUAUUACUAACAAACAGUGGGAAAGUAGUAUAAUAAUUGGAGGAUUAGGUGAUGAAACCAAAAGUUGAAACAAACUGGAUAUGAUUUUGAAAGGAAAAAAAAACUCUCUAAAUAAACUACAAAAUUUCUGAUCAAUCAUCUGGGAAAAGUUCUUCCUUGAGUGAAGGGGCAAUCCAUUGGAUUUGGAUAUAUGUCAUCUCCCAUAGAUCAUCAUCUUCUUUCUGAACAAGAAUCUGACUUUCCUUCAUCGCGAGAACCAUUUUCUUUAGUAGUUCCGGGAUAGUUUCCACCAAUUUUGAUUCCCCAUACAUUCCCAAAUCAGCCUUCAUGCAUGUAUCCAUUCUCCUCAAGAUCCCCAUCCAAAAACCCCUCAUAUCAGCACACUCCGAUAUUUGUUUCAAGUACAUCAGGUAAACAUCUGUCAACACCUCCAUUGAUAGCUUCAGAGUCCCUUCCAUUCCCCGGGUUUCCCUCUCUGCGUUCUCCCUCUUCGAAUACUCCAACAUCUUUUCAUGCAAGUCAUCAACCAUAGAGAACAGAACAAGCUUAAUACAACUGACGAUGAUGGGCGGGGUAAAGCAUAGCUCUUCUGCUAACGCAAAACUCUUCUGCAGAGAUAUGAUGGAGUGGUUUCUGAUCUCUUCUCUUCUUGAUAAGCUUGUCUUUCUGAAUGCUUCCCCUAGCUUGAUGAAACAAGUGGUUGUGAAGUUGGGAGAAGAAGACAUAGCUUUGUCAUCAUUAUCUGGAUCACCAUUUCCUCCACUUCUGCUCCAAUUUACCAGCAAAGUGACUGUAUUUGUCAUCAAGUCCAUGAUUUUGAGGUUCUUUUCCAAGGAACUGUUCUUUAGUGCAACAAAUCCAAAUGCUGCUUCUAUGCAGAAAGGGUAGUUUGACCUUGAGAUGUUGUGGGACCCGUCCGACAUCAGAUUGAUGAUUGCCUCGACUUUCUGCUCAUACAUUUCCGGAUGUCUGCCUGAGACAGACAACAAAUGUAGGACGGAUUUCCACCCCAUAAGUGUUUGUAAAUUUGCUGCGUAUUCAUUUAAGAUUGUGGUUACUGAUUGUACUAUGAACUCUGAGCAUGUGUCUAGGAUUUCCUUAUCUAAUUUCAACAUGAGAUUUAUGGACUUGAAGAUUAGUUCCUCAGGGGCUUUGUCUUCUUGGGGUGAGGACAGAAGUUUGAGGCAGAUCUUCAUUAAGGCUAACAUUGCCUUUUCUGCAAAGGGGAUUGGUGAAAACAGGGGGAAUUGUGCAACAUCUAGUAAAUAUUCAUGGUAAUGAGGCCAAAAUGUGGCAAUUCUAUGGAUGUUUGAAGAAGAUAUGGCGGCGAUCAAAUCCCAACAAAACCCAACGGUUUCUUCCUCCUCAAUUGCAGUACUAAAUUUCUGGCCUUUUCCCGCUGCAGAAAAAAUGAGCGAACGCCCUAGACUUUGAACGGUCUCUUCGGGCAGAGAUGAACUUGUGUUGAAAAUGUUUCCUAUUCGGCACUGAUUGAUAAUCUUUAUGUUGUUUUCGAACUCACUCACUCCGAGGUUCAGAGACUCUUCCACAUUUUCCAUGGAUAAAAACUGUGAGAAUCUUCCCAUUAGACCACUGGACGCUCUUGAACCGGACCUCUCAUGUCUUGACCUGUCAGAGGAGGGGGUUUCUGGUUCAACGAAAACAGAUUGUGGGAGAAGUUUUAGCCUCUUGAGUUUCAAUAGGCAAUCCACUAUGGUCCUCCAACCUCCUCUGAUGAAGUUCUUGAAACUGUUUGCUACUGUGAAAACCGCUAGGGUGGCCAUCCUCGGCUUCAUAUCAUUGCUGAAAGUGUACAGUGUUUCUUCUGACGAUGCAUAAGGGUUUAAGAGUGUGGUAAAUUUGCAGAAAGUGCAGACGAGCUCGUCCAGUGUGUCCUCUAACCCGUACUGACAUAUUCUAGCUAUGGAGAAUAGUGCUUCAAUGCAUUCAUGGAGGACUUCUUCUACGUCGCCCUGUUCGAAAAUUGCUGCUAAGGUGGCCACUGUGGGGCCCGCGAUGGAAGCAAAGAGAUCUCUUCCCAGACGACGGUCGAAAUCGCACAUUAUGUAUGGAUUCAUGCUCUUUGAUCUGUUUAUCAGCUGAACCCAUUGGUUCGGAUUCAUUUCAGUCAUGGAAUAGGAAGAUUCAAAGACGAUGGCCUUUGUUGAAAUGGAAUGGAAAAGCUCGGAGAGGUAUUCUCUGGGAAGAUCUUGACCAGCAUUGAUAGCUCUGUUGUUCUUUAUGAAUUCAUCCUCUGUCAUCUUCUUUUUCACCUGAGGAUUAUGUUGAUCAGUGUUGAGCAUGAUGACAGAAUAACAGAGGACCAGAACAGCAUCUUUCCCGUAAAAGAAUUCUGACGAUUGUUGAUCGUAAAACCUCUCGGCAAAUGCUUCCAGCACUCUCUGAAUCUUCUGUGAUUCUCCCGGCAACCUGAAUGAUUCCAAGAAGGUUCUCAAAGCAUUGUCCAGAACCAUUCCAGUGAACUCGAACGUGUCAGUGAACUCCUUGAGGACUUUAAGGUGGAAGUCAUCAGGAUCUCCUAGAAACUCUCCAAUUAAAACCUUGUCCAGUUUCGGGGUGUACCGGAAAAAUGCAGCAUAGGCUUUUGGGUCGGGUGGAUCUGACACCAGCCCCGAAUAUUUCAGGAAUCUACUAAGCCUAGAUCCUUUUCUUCCUCCCAAAAAGGUAUGCACUCCAUGAUCUCAACCGGAUAUGGCCCGGAAGGAGUGGGAUCGUCUUCUUUGUCAAUGUUCUCUGCAAUGUUGUGGAUGACGGUUAUCAGGCCCUCAAAGGCUUGGAGUUGCAAACUAGUGAGAGCAGGACCUGAAGGGUAUGCAUGCUUGCAGAGGAGCUUUCCAGUGUCCUCAAACACAUUUCUGAAAGUCGGGUCGCAAUCGUAAUUCACAUAAGCUUCCACUACAAAUGUGGGCUGCCUGCAAAAAUUUACCAGCCCUUCUACAGCCACUUCUUGGAGGGCUACAGAGUUGGCAAUGCUCGCCGCUUUAAACAGCACAAAUGAGAAGAAUGCUUCCAGUUGAAGGCGCAUUGACCUGAGAAGUGGAUUCAUUAAUUAAUAAAGCUGCGUUUGGCCAUCAAAGAAAAAAAAAUCACUCGUGGAUCAACUCUUCUUAAAUUCAAAAGUAUAAAAAUUCUUCAAAUAUUACUAGUAAUAAUGAACUAUCAAUAGGAUAUCAUUCAUUUUAAUACCAACAUGAAACUGAGCAAUUGACAGUUAGUAGUUGAAUAGAUGACAUUUAUGUCUUCAAAUUUAAAAUUAACAUUUUUCCCCUAUGCAUACUCAAUUUCUAAUAUUUAAUAAAAACCCAUCUAAAAUCUCUAAUAGUGUAAACUUAAUAGUACACCACCGUUCUUUAUUCUCUUAUCUUGUGUUGUAUUAAAACGUAUGAAAAGGAAAGAACAGGUAGUUUAAGGAAGGACGGAAAAGAAAAUAAUGAAAUUAUAAAGAGGUGGCAGAGGAAGUAAAAUACAAAUAUAAGUACCUAAGUAUAUAAUGAUUAAACAUCAUAUCUAUUUAAAAAUCAUGCAAUUAAGAAGAAACACUGGUAGCAGAAACUUUUGAACAUUGUUUUCUAUCAUCAAAUGUAAAUUCCCGUAGCCCAGUUUUUAGAUGAUGAAAGUGAGUCCAAUAAAUGAUUGAGAAAUGAAUGGAGUAAUAAUGUAUAUCGACAUUAUAUAUCACAGAUUAAAGCUCCUUUAUCUAGGAAAUUAGUUUUCAAGGUAAUGUUUUCUGACUUUCUUGUGGGCUGUUUUGUUUUGUAAUGGAUUAGUGGAUUGUCAUGAAAUCAAUAGACUUUUGUCGGAAAUGGCUUCUAGUUUCCAGCGGGGAGGCACUUUUUGAAGAAGCUUUACUAUGGAAAACAUUUUCCUAAGUUAUUGUAUUGAAGACAAUAAGCAUCCUAAAAUGCGGCAACCCACUCACCUAGGAAGGAAGUGAUAGAGAUUCAAAACGAUGCUGCAAAUCAUGGAUAAAACGAGUGGCUUCGAGCAGGAGCCGUAAUGAACCAAAUGGUGAAAUAGGUCAUCUUGGAUCAUCCGCAUCAUCUUCGGGUGCAUCCCGAUGCUAUCACCGCUCAACUCGAUUGCUGAAUUGAUCAAAAGGAGCGAGAAGAGCUGAAUGCUCUCGUCUGGUGUUUGGUAAGGCACCCCGUCUGGCUCCAUCCCUUCCAUCACAUUCAGUAGGGAGCAGAGGAAAUGGAAGAUGUCGACAGCCGCUCUGAUCCCGUACCCACCCGAGUCAUCCAUGACAGUGUCCUCUGAGUCGGACUCAGAGUUUUCCCACUCCGAGGGCUCCACUUCCGGGAGACGGGAGUAGACUGUGUAGAUGAGCUCGUGCAUUGUGAAUCUGGCGCUGCGUUGGAGCAAAUCCCCGCCUCGACCUGCCGAUUGUUGCACCACCUGAAAGCACGAGUUCACAACAGUGCAUACCGCUUGAUCCGUUAGCCAUAUGGAUGCCGGCUGGAUCGGUCUUCUCCAGCCGGCAGCUCGUGACGGCAGCGACGGCCGAAUUUAUAGCUUCUCUAGCGCCAGGGGUUCUAUGGUCAAAGAUUUCAAGUUUGAGAAUCUUGAAGACAGAGGAGAGCGCUACCCCGGUGGCAGUGGCGGGGACGUCGCCGCUUUGGAUGACGUCGAGAAACGGCAAUAGGUACAAGGAGGGAUCCAGGUUGCACCAUUCUUGUUGGGGAUUGAAGAUGAGGGCGCGGAGGGAUUUGAGGGACUGGGAGAUAUGGGUGUCAUAACGUUCCUCCGGCGAGAAGAAAUGUGAGUUUGUCUCUGGGGAGUGGCGGAUCACGGCGAGAACCGCUCCAACUUCUGUGUUUAGCAUGCAAGAGACUCCAAGCUCUUUUCUUUUUUGUUUCGCCAUGUUCUUCUUUUCUUCGUUAACCAUUUAUUUAGCUCCUGUACAGUUAUGGCUAACUAACGUGAUUAGCAUUUCAUGGGCAUUUGCGCUGCCCACAAAUGGUAGAGAAAAUAGUAAAGUGAGAUAUAUACUCCCUGCCUUCAAAUUAAUUGAAUUGCAAUUUUACUAAUAAA